AGUUUGAGUUAAUUGCUCUGACAUGUUUAUUUCUCCAGUUUGAUGACUAAAUUGGCUAAUUAGUACAACAGUUUUCACAUGAAGUGGUAACUCCUAACAUGCUGUGGUUGACUUUUGGACAAAAUGCAUUUUGUAACACAUUCGGUUUCAUGCUUAUUUUAGAGGUGACAGAAUUUUCAAUAACUAUUUUUUCCUUCUUCUUUUCUUGCAUACUGAAUAUAGUUAUCAUUUUAUUUGGUGACAAGGCUAAGGCAGUCCUCCAUCCAUCCAUCCAUCCAUCCAUCUCCUAUGCCGCUUAUCCUCACUAGGUUUGCGGGUAUGCUGGAGCCUAUCCUAGCUGACUUCAGGCGAGAGGCGGGGUACACUUUGGACUGGUGCUAAGGCAGUCCUCCUAUAAUUAAUUCAUGCUGCAGGAGAGGAGCUGAUAAAAUACAGUUGGUUACUUUUACUGUAUUUACCACAUUUGAUCAGGUUUUCAAAAUGGCAACAGAGAUGAAUUAAUUUUUUCAGUUGCUUUAUCCAUCCAUUUUCUAUGCCGCUUCUCCUCAUUCAGUUGCUUUAGUUCAAGAUUAUUUGUACUAUACCUAUGGAUGGUUUUAUUUUUUUUGUAAUUAACAGCAUUCUUUAGAGGCAUCUAAUAAAUAUUUUACAUUUAUUGGCAAUUAUUGCUUUUAUUUUUGAAUAAUCGUUGCAUAGCCAACAUUUUGUACAACUGAGAAUGUUCAUGUAUAAUGUCCAAACUGAUCUUCCAGUGGCCGACAGGGGGCGGUGUUGUAUUAUUUGAGUGGAAUUUUGUGACGCAAGCUAUUGUCGUCACGUGACGUUUCCCAUAGCCUACCCGGAAACGGCAGCCAAACCACGCCACGACAUUGACAAAAUCCCGCGAAGGCUUUUUUGUGUUUAUCUACACAUGGAUUAAAGGUUAAACUAAUUCAGGUGUUGCCGAGGCCAUGGAGUCUGAGAGGACUGAGGGACCGUUGUCAGCCCAAGCAGACACUUUCAACUCCAUCCGGGAGCGCACCAUCGCAGAGAACAGCAUGGUGGUGCUGCUGCAGGGCCUGCGAGGGGAAGUGACCACGGUGGACCUGAGGAACGAGAGCACAGCACGGGGCCGGGUGGUCAACGUGGACGCAUUCAUGAACAUACGUCUGGAGGACGUGCUUUACCGUGACCGGAAGGGGAGCCUCACUCAGCUGCAAGACCUCUUCAUCACUGGAAGAAAUAUCCGCUACGUGCACAUCCCAGACCACAUGGACAUAAUGAAGACAAUAGAGGGUCAGCUGGCAAAGAUCCACCGUGUCCGUAACUUUGGCAGAGAGGGGGGAGGAAGGAAAGAGUUUGCCAAGAAGAGAAAUUAACAAAACUUUGUUGGCAUAGAAUCCCAACAACACGGAGUUAGAAUCUUUUUUUUUUUUUUUUUUUUUUUUACAGAAAUCACUUUUUUUGUGUGGGUUUUUUUUAUACUUAUUUAUUUCACUUAUGAGGCUUCCACGUAAACAUUCAUAGUUUGAAAAUAAAGCCUUCCUUAUGUUGCUGCAUGAUGGAGGACAAUCUUUUUUUUAUUUCCUAAUUUCUCUCAGGGGUUUACUAACUGGGUAAAUGCUGAGAAACGCUGAAACUACAUUGAAAUGGUGGGGAAAAAUGAAUUAGAAACUAUAAUGCAGAUUAACACAUCAAAGCAAUCCUGUCAGAAGUAAAGGGAUGACAACAUUCUAACGGGACACUAAAGAUGGAUUUACAGUAUGUGGUUAAAUGAUCAAAAUUUGGAUUACAUGUACAUCAAAACAUCUUAGGGGGGAAAUGCAUGAACUAUAUAUUAAGAGCUUGUAAUAAGCUUUAGUAAUGUUUAAUAUACUGUAUUAUUGUUUACUUCUGUUGUUGUAUGCAUUUUGAUAUCAGCUAUGGGUCACUUGAAAAUACAUGUAAAACAUAAAAUCAGAUAUAAGCACUAAAUCACUUCAACCUGCAGUGGAAAGCCAGCCUGUGUAAGUGCUAUCAUCUUCCUGCAAAGACAUGACAUCACUGCCACAGUUAUCGAUCAAGUUAAAAGGAAAUUGUGGCAUCACCUCUUGACUUUUUUUUUUGUAUUGUAGGGUUUUUUUUUUACUUUUAGAGUGACGAAAAACUAGAAUGAAAAACAUACGGUGAACAAUGACAAUAAUAAUCAGACUCACAAAUAUGAUUGUGAUUAAAAGAACUUCACAUAAACUGGGGAGGGUUUUUUCAAGCCACAAAAAGCCCUUUGUUAAUACUGAGUGGAAAUAUUACAAUGAAGGAAAAGGGUGGGUGUGUCCACUCU